UUAGAUCCCCACGUCAGCUCCACCUCCAACGUUACUGUUAGAUUUCUCCAUAUUUAGGUUUUCAGGAUAUUUCCUCUUCUCUGCCAUUCUCACAUCUUCUCUUCUUCACUUCUCUCGUUCCUCUUUUCAACAACUUCUCAAUCUCAGCCUUAUCCACCAAAAUUUCCUUCUUUUGCUUCACGUUUCAUCUGUCACUCUAUUGGGUAUUCUUCUUCUUCAUCAUACAUGCACCAUGAAGAUUUUCAACCCGUCUGAAUGCUUUCUUCGGAACUUGGUAUGUCCCUCGGACACCAUAUUCCUCAAAAGCAUCAAUCUUUCUCAUCUGGGUUCUUCCCAUCUCUGCCAAUUCACAAUGUUCAUCCUCUCCUGGCCCAAUUAGUUGCAUUCUGAUCAAUACAUUUCCAAAUUCUUCCCACCAUUUCUCCCAUGGAUCCGCAGAACGAAUCCGACCAAGCAAACCCCAGAAACAUAAUUUUCAGUAAAUACGAGAUGGGGCGGGUGCUGGGGCAGGGAAACUUCGCGAAGGUCUACUACGGCAGAAACCUCGUCACCAACGACAACGUCGCCGUCAAGGUCAUAAAGAAAGAGAAGCUGAAGAAAGAGCGACUGGUGAAGCAGAUCAAGCGCGAGGUUUCUGUCAUGAAACUGGUGCGGCAUCCCCACAUCGUUCAACUCAAGGAAGUCAUGGCCACCAAAGGAAAAAUCUUCCUCGUCAUGGAAUACGUUAAGGGCGGCGAGCUUUUCACCAAAGUCAACAAAGGAAAACUCUCCGAAGACCUCGCCAGAAAGUACUUCCAGCAACUCGUCAGCGCCGUCGACUACUGCCACAGCCGCGGCGUCACCCACCGCGACCUCAAGCCGGAGAAUCUCCUCUUGGACCAGAACGAGGACCUCAAAGUCUCCGACUUUGGACUCUCGGCGCUGCCGGAGCAGCGCCGCGCCGACGGCAUGCUAUUAACGCCGUGUGGGACCCCUGCUUACGUGGCGCCGGAGGUUCUGAAGAAAAAGGGCUACGACGGUUCAAAGGCUGAUAUAUGGUCCUGUGGGGUAAUUCUUUACGCCUUGCUCUGCGGCUAUUUACCCUUCCAAGGUGAGAACGUUAUGAGAAUCUACCGAAAAGCGUUCAGAGCUCAGUAUGAAUUACCCGAAUGGGUUUCGUCGCAGGCCAAGAAUCUCAUUUCGAAUCUCCUCGUUGCUGAUCCUGCCAAGAGGUAUUCCAUUCCCGAUAUAAUGAAGGAUCCCUGGUUUCAAUUCGGGUUCAUGAGACCCAUUGCCUUUUCGAUUAAGGAAUCCGAGGUAGAAGACAACAUUGAUUUCGAAGACGUGUACAACAACGAGGACGAGGUCUCGAUGAGGAAGCCCGCGAGGCCGUUUUACAAUGCGUUUGAGAUAAUCUCGUCCUUGUCGCACGGGUUUGAUCUCAGGAGUUUGUUUGAGACGAGGAAGCGGUCGCCGUCUAUGUUCAUCUGUAAAUUUUCGGCUUCGGCGGUGAUGGCGAAGGUGGAGGCUGCUGCAAAGAAGCUGAAUUUUAAAGUGACGGGGAAGAAGGAGUUCGUGGUGAGGAUGCAGGGGGCGGAAGAGGGGAGGAAGGGGAAGUUGGGGAUGACGGUGGAGGUUUUCGAGGUGGCGCCGGAGGUGGCGGUGGUUGAGUUUUCAAAGUCUGCCGGCGACACUUUGGAGUAUAUUAAACUGUGUGAGGAACAAAUAAGACCGUCUCUGAAAGACGUUGUUUGGAGCUGGCAGGGUGAUAGCAAUAAUUAGUUUUUACCUAUUUUAACUGUUUUUAUGUUUUAUUUCAUACCAUACCAUGUACAUAUAUUUGGAGUCUGUGAUCGUGAUUGAACUACAAAUAGUAGCUAAAUUGCAA